GAUAGUACGAUUCAUUUUAUGCUUUACUGCAGCAUUUCAUUGCCACUGGUGGUGCUCCAUCCAUCGCCUGCCUGGAUGGAGGGAAGAAAUAGAGAAGCGUCUGUCUUGGGAUUGCUGACGACAGUUUUCUUGGAGAAGAUCGUCGUUCCAUCGUCUGUAGCGUUUUUAUUAGAGCUGGAAAGGAAUGUAAAGCUUUGUUAUUGAACAUUAUAGCGCUUGCCAGCCACCAGCUGGUCCGUAAAAUAUAUCAUUUAUGUUGUCGUUUCAUGCAAUUCCACACCUGGGAUAGCGUUUUCAAUAUACAUUCCACCACCUCAUCUCAUCAGCGCACAUCGUCGCGUGCAAAACGAAUUUCGUUUCACAGCCAGCAACAGCGGCUAGUAUUUGGUGCGGGAAUGCGAAUCGAAAUGAGGUUUCCUCUUGUCUGGCUUCCUCCGCACGGUUCAUAUCCCUUAUGGCCCAGACUGGAGUGACAGGCGCCAAAAAGGGGCGGUCGAAUCCGUACCAAAUCGCACUCGAAAGCAAAAUGAGAACAUUCAUAAUCAAUCCACCAUUAUUCCAAUUUCCUGUUUGGCAUCGACCGUGCUCCACGCCAUCCGUGGAUCCGAACAUUGCAUUCCAUGCUGCCGACAUUCCAUUCGACCGAUUCAGGUUCGAUUUUCAGCACUUGAUGGAUUCGAUUGCGAGCCGAUGUUUGUUUGCAACGCAUCACCAUUUUUAAUGCCAGUGUAAUCAGGCUCGUCAUGUGCGAUAUGCCAGAGAAACAGCAAUCGCACUCGCAGGGCACUGACGUGAGGUGCAUUAAAAUCGCUGAAUUCCUGGAUGUUUUCUCAGCGCACAAAGACCAUAUGCAGGUUAAUGCAUGUGCCGCUUACACAUUCCUUUUGCCAUUCUGUUCAACCAGGUGUACGUUUCAAUUUCUCGCUCACUUUUCUACCUUCUCAUCGGAUGUGCCAUUGAUGCACGCGGAAAAAUCGGGAAUGAAAGAAUAAAACGAGUGAGAGAGAAAGAGGGAGGAUUGGGGCUAGAAAGGCAAAUAGCAUCCGGCCCGAAAGGUGCAUCCGCUGGGCUCCGAGCCGAGAUUAAUCGUCGAUACAAUGCACCCGCCGUUCACACAGUCGUUGAGCAUCCGAUGGGAAAGGAGGAAUGGUGAAAAGCGAAGACCAAAGAACGCAGCAAACAACAAUGCAAACAGCUUGGAAAUCACUAUCCGGGUGCUCGGGCAUACCAUCAGCACCAGAAUACGCUACCACCGGCAGGUGACAGAUGAGGGUUGGAAUGAUGGACAUGUAUUGCACGGGUUCCGGGAGAUUCGGCCAAAUAAUCACUGCAAUCGCGUUGAUUACGAAGGAUUGUGUUUUGCAAACCGGCACCAACAGCCACACCAACACCACCACAUGCCCCCCCCUAAAAGGCUGGAAUGGCAACACAAUAAAGGCUGGAAUGGCAGAACCGGAAACGUUCAACCCAGGAUUCAACCGGUUCCCACACAUCCGGCAAAGUGAACUGCAUAAAUAUGAAACAUACAGACCCAGAGGCCACCGUGGUGUGGACGUGGGUGAUGGUUUUCGAUGGUGAUUUUUCCCCGAUGGUAGAACCGUUGGUUGUUCAAUUUUUAAUUUCAGUCCACUCGUGGAAAAUGCAUGUUUGUUCCAGCGAUUGGAAAGCGUGCAGAGUGUGUAUUUAUGGAAGGAGAAAAAAAAACACCACAGAAAAGUGGGGCAGCACAUGCCAGUUGAAUGUAAUAUUAUCACCGAAAGGCUGAAGGAUGUGCACCGUUAAGCUCCGGAAAUUUGCUGGAUCAUUCGAGGCUCAGCCUCGCUAGCAGGUGGAGUUCAAUAUGGUGAGAACAUUGUGAUUAAAAUCAUCACCAACCCUACUACAUGCAUCGCUACAACGCUAGCACACGCAUACUGACGCUGCAUUCCAGGGAAAAUCGAUUAAAACCGUUUGGAGACCGAAACAGACGUAAAGACACGGAGUGCUCAAACCACUUCCGCCUGGAUGUGGUCUACGGAAUCGAUGACCCUCUAACCUGACCUGAGCCUAAGAGCACCCCAGGACCGAAUCGAAUGUAUGUACAACACGGAAUAUAGUAUAAAAGUAAUGACAAAAAAUAAACCCUCUCCCAAAAGUCUCGUUCUAUCAAUUAGCGCCCGCAAGUGGCGCGCAGACACAUCACUCACUUCAAGCACACCCAAUAACAACCCGAUACAGACGCGAUAGUAGGGUCCGGGUCAGAUGUACAUUUUCCACACUCCCCGUUCCGCGAAUCACACAUCAUAAAACCCUUUCCCGAAUGGGACUGUACAUAUGUAAAACUAUAGAGUAACGACACUCACAAAGCGACAAGCGAAGCAAAUCGAAACGCAGCGUGCAAGCCGUGCACCGGGUGAAAUCAAAAACCGUUAACUCUUUAAGUAGAAUGUCCGAUAGAAGUUCGAUUGAAAAAAAAGAAGAAGAAAGAAAGGUGAGGAAGAAAUCCGGACUGACUUCCGGUGUUUGUUUUUGAGUAAUCGAGCAGAUAAGAUCCAA